ACCCCCAUCAGGACUCUAAGUUGCUCACCUGUACCGGUGACGUCACGGGGCUGGGCGCAGGUGAGGGAGCAUGGCCGGCGGGAGCAGCAACAGACCGGGACCGGGUCCCUGCGGGUUCGAUCUGGAGAAGGGGCCCCGUCAGUUAAUGAGAACUGGUAUUGCAUUAAUCUUCGUGGGGCAUGUGAAUUUUAUCCUUGGCGCCAUUGUCCACGGCACGAUAUUAAGACACGUUGCAAAUCCAGAGAAGAGAGUAAGCCCCGAAUACUGCGCGGCAAACAUCAUCUCUGUGGUGUCAGGACUAUUGAGUAUCACCACUGGGAUCUGCGCUAUAUUGGCAUCCAGAAAUCUUGGCAGAGCCAGUAUCCAUUGGGCUCUCCUGGUUCUCUCCCUGCUGAAUUCCCUGCUCUCUGCUGCCUGUUUCCUGGGUUUAAUCCUCUCCAUCUCCCUCACCAUUGCCAAUGGAGGGAAGAACUUGAUAUCUGGCUGCAAUUCCACUAUUCUGCCUGCAGAAACACACUCUGUCGUUAUGAGCAACGAGUGCCCUUUUGAUACAACUCGAAUAUAUGACACUACGCUAGCUUUGUGGUUUCCUUCCAUGUUCCUUUCAGCUGUGGAGACAGCACUAUCUGUGCGCUGCUGUGUGGUGGCAUUUAUCCUGCGUGGCAUUGGCCCAUGUGGAGAGACUUACCUUAGACAGAGGUUGCAGGAGGAGGAAGCAGAGAAGGAGAAAAUGGAUGAAUCUCUAAGACCAGAAACUCACCAACUAAUUGAGGCCAAUGCAUAGAGGACACUGGAAAAGAAUGAAGUGUUUUUUGAGUUAUUUCCUCAGAUUUGUUUUAAGCUGCUCUGAAUUGAUUAAUUUCAAGUCCAACACCCCAAAGUCUCCAACACUCCACCAUGUUGUCCACGAGCAGGCUUCUAUUAGAGCCGGUGACUGAGCAGCCUGGGCCGUGACAGCAUGUAAUGUUCCACUGUCAUAUUAAAGCACUGGCUGGUUCAUCCUCCCGCAAUGAGAUGUACUGUAUUUCUUAAUUGUAAUCUUGCUUUUAUGUUUUUAACUAAAUAUAAAAUUACUAAUAAAACCUAUUUUUACUGUG